GCGGAGACGUUCAGGGUUGCUGGGGAAAAGAAAGUGAAAGAAUAAAUGUGAUUUCAGAGUUUAGACCCAGGGCCGUCGAGGAGGUUACUUUCACUAUGUCUUCAGACGAGGAUUUCUCUCUGGUUAUGGACCCAUCCAAAUCCACCUUGGAGGAGAUCAAGGCUUCAAUCGCCAACUUCAAGAAAAAACAUGAGCAGCUUCUCCAGGAGCAGAAGGAGUUGGUCGCCAGCAGAGAUGACCAGCAGGAAAUGGUUGAGAAGUUCAGGCAGCGCAUCGACAAACUGACCCAGAGUGAGGAAGAGGACCAGAACACCUACAAGGAGAACAUUGCAAAGGAGAAGGCGAAGCUGAACUUGCUCAAGCAGGAGGAUCCAGAACUGAUGAGGAAGAUUGAUAAAGUAAAGGCAAUCUUGAAGGAGGAAGAGGCCCAAAACCGCCAUCUGAAACAGCAGACUGACGUGUUCACUGCUGUACCAGAGAGGAAGGUUGUAUUCAUGGGGUCGACAGGAAAUGCAGUCGACACACAAACGUUUGAAAUGGAACCUAGUAUAUUUUACCCGAUGGAGGAGGGAACGGCACUGAUUACAUUUGAGGAAGAAGUAGUGGCCGGGAAGAUCCUGGAAAUGAAGAAGCAUAAGGUGGAUCUGGGAGCAGAAUGCAGCAUCACUGUGGAGGCCAGACCAGUUCAGCUGAUGGUGCCCAGGCUGGUGGAGAUAGACUCUGACGUGUGUCCUCAGCGCGUAUUAAUCUCUAACCUGCCAAAGAUGGACAGCGAAACUCUGCUGAGCAAGCUGGAGAUCCACUUCUCAAAGAGUAGAAACGGAGGCGGAGAGGUGGACUACUGUGAAAUGAUGUUUGACUCUUGGACUGUGGUAGUCACCUUCGUGGGGAGCAGCAUUGCCAAACGUUUGACAGAUACAGAGUACCAUGAAGUGGAGCUACAACAGAAGAAGCACAAAGUGCGGGUGACUCCUUUUCUCAACGGAAAUAUUACAAACCUACAGACCAAGAUGUCGGUGUGUCCUCGGACGGUCCUGCUGACAGGAAUCCCUGAAGUCAUGGAGCAAGAGACCCUGCAGGAUCUGCUUGAAAUCCACUUCCAGAAGAGCGCCAAUGGUGGAGGAGAGAUCGAAGCCUUCCUCUACAACCCACUGGGUCAGCACGCCUCGGCCCUCUUUGGGGGCAUGUCCCAAACUGGAGAGAAGGAUUAGACUGUAGAUUCAUCACUGUUGCUCAAAAGAAAAAACCCUCUCAGGUUCAGGGUGAGAUUGGAUCCACCCUGCCAAAAAAAAAUCUGUUUUAGUCCUAUUUUUAGUUACCUUCUGUGAUACAAGACAGUAUAAUUUAGUACAAAGUAAUUCACUUCUUAUUUUGGGAUGUUUUAUGGCAUCAAUUAAACGUCAUCUUUCAUUUUGUCUAGAACAAAAUCUCUGAUGUCUGUUACUAUCAAUUCUAAGAAUUAUAAAACUUUAACCUGGGUAUUUUCUGUGUAGUUAUUUAAAAAUGUAUAUUAAUGGGACGUAGUAGUACUACAGUGUAACUACAAUUGGGCAAUGACCACAUUAAUCAACAAGAAAUCUGUACUUUCAUCAUGUAAAUCUAUGGCAAAUCUGUUUUAUUGUAUAAAAAUGUUUGUAACACAUUAUUACAUUGUCUCUCAGUGCAAUUAAACUGCUGUAUGAAAUCAUGA